CUUUUUAAAAUAAUGCUAGAAGCUCUAUCUUUCCCUUAAGAAUGACGUGGAUGUGUUGGUUUGAGCCCGGACAAGAUUGGUGCUCCAUGACCCCACUUUAGCCCUUUGACCUCCGAGUCUACGACAGUUUUUGGUUUAAGAAAAAGAAAGCAAAAUGACAUGUUACUAUACAAGUGACAGGUCCUAGGUACAAACACCCAACAUCCUGAAUCACAAUGGAAAUGUUUGCAACCUCAGAAGUCAGAAGCGACAUGCUUGGAGUUGCUCGACUUGUACCGAGCCAUUCUUGGCAUUGGCAGCAGACAACCACCGAGCCAGAGGCCAGGCAGCCGGGGCGCGAGACAUGCCGAGCGACCCCGCACGCCGCGCUCCCCUCCUCCCGCCGAACCUGCCGCCUCACAUUCCCUACUCCCGCGAGCUGCAGCAGCGCCUCUACCUCCUCGCGCAGCACCUCCGCCGCGCGCGCUCCCCCUCCCCGUCCGCUGCCCGCCGCGCCCUCGACCAGCUCCACGCGCAGCUCGUCCUCAACGGCUUCACACACAAGCGCUUCCUCCUCGCCAAGCUCCUCUCCCUCGCCGCGGCCGCCGCCGACCUCCCCCGCGCCGAGUCCCUCUUCCACUCCGCAUCCCCGCACUACCCCGUUUCUCCGACCCUCGCCAACCUCCUCCUCCGCGCUGCCGCCUCGUCGGGCGCCACGCCCCGGGCCUUGCUCGCGCUCUUCUCCCGACUCGUGGGCCCUCACGGGCUGCGGCCCAACGCAUUCUCCUUCUCCACCCUCCUCGCCGCGCUCGCAGCCGCGGGCGCCGGGGUGCUCCCCCACGGCCGCGUCCUCCACGCACGCGCGCUCGUUGGCGGGGCACUCGCGUCCUCCGGCGGGCAUGUGAUGACCAGCCUCAUUGGCGUGUACGCGGCGUCCCAGCAGCUCAAGGACGCCCGGAAGGUGUUCGAUGAAAUGCCGGGCAGGACGGUGGUGGCGUGGAACUGCAUGCUCGCCGCGUACGUGCGGUGCGGGGAGGUGGACGCUGCGCUGCGGUUCUUUGGUCAUGAGAUGCCUGGGAGGGACGCAGUGGCGUGGACGACGGUGAUUGGGGGGUGCGCGAACGCCGGGAGGGCAGCAGAGGCGGUGGAGCUGUUCUGGGGAAUGAGGAAGGCGAGGGUUAAGGAUGACGCGGUGACGAUGGUUGCCUUGCUGACGGCGUGUGCGGAGCUGGGUGACCUGGAGCUUGGGCGGUGGGUGCAUGCCCGCGUGAACCAGGAAGGGUGGCAGCGGAGAACGGUGCUGCUGGACAAUGCACUCAUCCAUAUGUAUGUGAAGUGUGGCGCUGUGGAGGACGCGCUACGCAUGUUUCUUGUGAUGCCAAGGCGGAGUACUGUUUCAUGGACAACUAUGAUCUCAGGGCUAGCUAUGCAUGGUCGUGCCGAGGAGGCACUGGACUUGUUCCACAGAAUGCAGGAGCGUCCUGAUGGUGCCACGCUGCUCGCAGUUCUGCAGGCGUCCAGCCAUGCAGGGAGGAUUGAUGAUGGACAGAGAUACUUCGAGAGCAUGGAAAGAGUUUAUGGGAUUACUCCAGAUAUACAACACUACGGAUGCAUGAUUGAUAUGCUCUGCCGCAGGAGACGAUUGCACGAAGCACUUGAGCUUGUGGAGAAAAUGCCAUUUCGGCCCAACGAGAGUGUGUGGGGUGCACUACUGAGUGGGUGCAGGAGGGAAGGCAAUCUUGAGCUCGCAUCUAAAGUGACUGAUAGAUUGAUUGAGCUGCAGCCAGAACGUGCAGCCGGCCACCUUGUGCUGCUGUCAAACAUGUACGCUGGCGUUGGACAGUGGGAACAGGCUCAGAUGGUGAGGGAAAGAGUGGCUGCACUGAAUGCUGAGAAGCCUGCCGGAAGAAGCUGGGUGAAUCAAAACCAGUCCAGCAUAGUGGUAGCAUGACCUCAACUUAUUGAUCAGUGACUUACAAGUUUUCACAUAAAGUCUAUGUGCAGUAAGCAUCUGUACUUGAACAAGCGUUGCAAUUAUGUGAUCGUGAUCGUCAGGUGUUAAGCCUACAUCUUCACCGCCUUCUGGUCAACCUGUGAUAUUAUGCACCAUUAUUGCUCCUUUUCAGCAGGAUAGUUUCCACUGUCAUUCAAGAAGCUUAUUGCAUGUCCCAAUGCCAAUCGCGGCGGCAAGAUGCCACGCAGCGUGGAUAUAGGGAGUCUCUGGUAAGCAAUUGUCGGCAAUAAACAGCACGCCUUCCAACAGAGAUGACAUCUUAUGCAGGUUAUGUGCCAUCCUGAGCUCUGGUUUAAUUGAUGCCCUUCUUGCAAAGGAAACCUGCCAUUUAGAAAAUAGUUAGAUUUCCAAACAAAUUGGUCUGUUGAUCAUUGAAGUGGUUUCUUUUACCUAGAAAAAUAUGUCAGGUCAUUUAGGUCACUUGCCUCCAUCAAUCCUGUGCGGAUAGCUGAAACCAUCAAAGGCUGAAAUGGUAGGAGCAAUGUCGAUGCUGCCAUUAGUAAUCCCGGGUCCUCAUUCCUAAGUGCUCUCGUUAAACACUGCAUGAAACACAUGGUUGUCAUGAUGCGCAAGGUCUGCCAUUAGUAAUCUCGGGUACUCUAACUACGACGAUUAUCCUUUGUUCAAGAAACUAUGAUGAUUAUCCUCAAUGCAAGGAUAUGGCUUACCAGUGUAGUGGCAGGGUGGCAAAAAAAUCAAAUGUCCCUCUUCGCCUCGCACAAGCGGGUCUUUAUGCGGGGCUCUCUCUUCUCGUGUCGUCCGAAUAUUCUCGCCUGUCGGUCGAUCGAGCCCUCAUCUCGGCCUGCUAGGAAAUUUUAUACAUGUGUGGCCUAAAUCACGGGGGUGUCCAGAAAUCGUAUUUGGUAGGGCUGUGGAUCAGGACAACCCACGCCAAUCUACGCCAAACCGAGGAAAAAAGAAAAAUCCCCAUCGAGGUGUGGAACGGGAUGACUCUCGCGUCUGGCGUUGGAGGCCACGGCGCCCGUUGCUAGGAAAUUUUGUACAUGUGUGGCCUAAAUCAUGGGGGUGUCCAGAAAUCUCGGCCUGCUAUGAAAUUUCAUACAUGUGUGGCCUAAAUCACGAGGGUGUCCAGAAAUCGUAUUUGGUAGGGCUGUGGAUCAGGACAACCCACGCCAAUCCACGCCAAACCGUGGGAAAAAGAAAAAUCCCUAUCGAGGCGUGGAACGGGAUGACUCUCGCGUCUGGCACUGGAGGUUGCAGCGCCCGCUGCUCUCCUCCUCGAUCUGGCGGCUGAGGCGCUACUCCUCUCCUCGACUCUGGUAGCCUACUUGACUUCGUGCCGGACGUGGCCGACCUCUCGCUGGCCGACUCUGGUGGCUUCGUCAAGGCCCUCGGCGGUGCGCCCGCCAACUUCGCAUGCACCAUCUCCAAGCUUGGCAGUUCGUCCUCCUUCCUCGGCAAGGUACUAUACUAAUCCCAUAUCAUUUGCCUUCCUUGCCGGGCCACCUGCUAAUUUUGCUCGCACGUUCUGUUCUACUAGUAGUCCAACAGCACCGUACAGAUCUAUCGUGCUCGUGCUCGCGUCCUAGAUCCAUCCAUGCUUCGUUCAGUAGGCUUAGAUGCGGCGGAUCUGGGUCUGAUCGUGCUCCAGCCGGCGGAUCCUCGAGAUCUCAUUACGGCGAUGGCCACCAACGGAAAAUCUUUGCAGCUGUGGCGCCAUAUCAUUUGUUUCACGCUACCAGUGUGCUAUUGGGGACAAAACGAGCUGAACUGUUUGCUUUCGUCUCCGCGUGACCUCAUGCUUUCUUUUUGUUGCCUCCGCCUUGUUUUAUUAGCCGUAUCAUCCGUUCUAAUUCUAAUGUAUAUAUUUGUGUGUUUCUGCUUGGAUAGAUAAUAAAAUCAACCAGAUUUUUGUAUCUAGUUUAGAUUUUAAUCACCCUGGUAAUCUAAGAUUUUUAGGCGUUGAAGGUGGUUUUGCCUCUAACCUUUUUUUUUUUGGGAAAGGUUUGCCUCUAACCUCACGGAGCAGAGCAACAAAAAUUUGUCUGCCACUAGUGUGUGCCAUUGAAUUAUCGCUUCGUGUUUUAUUUGAAUGGUUCAAUAUCACUCGCAUAGGUUUUUGUUUUUACCAUGACCAACAUCAUUGUGUUGAGGCUUAGGAGUGUGCUUUUUCCCUGAGCAAUCUUGAUUUGGGUUAAAUUGUAGUUGAUAUUUAUUUUGUAGAAAAAUAGGUUUGAGAAUAGAUCGUCUAACCAGGAACAAGGAGGAGAUGAUGAUGAGACAAUAUUCUUUCUUUUGCCUGCUCUGCAUCUGUUGGGUACUAGUGGAGGGAGAGAGAAAAGACGAAGGCAUACAUCUAGGUUUCCUGGCAAGGAGUGUCUAAAGGAAAUACUUGAGGGACAAGAGAAGAAUUGCCUUGUUGCAUUCCGUAUGGAACUCAAUAUCUUUAGAGCGGUUGCAAACUUCCUUAGAAUAGAGAAUCUCUUACAUAACACAAGAGGAGUUCGAGUUGAGAAGAAAUUAGGUUUCUUCAUGUUCAUGUUGUCCCGUAAUGCAAGUUAUGAGGGCUUGCAAUAUGAAUUUUAGCACAGCGGAGAAACCAUCCGCUGGCAUAUUAAGGCAGUGUUUGAUAUAAUCCCAACUCUUACCUAUAGAUUUUUGAAGCCUAAUGUUGCAAUCGGAACUCACUGGAAGAUUAGCAGUGAUCCACGAUUCUUCCCUUACUUUGAGGUGAACAUUUUUACACUCUUGUGUUAGAUAUUUUUCUAUUUCUCCUAAAUAAUUCAGCUUAGUCAUAUGCAUGUUUCGUUCUUUCAAAAUUGCAUUGGAGCUAUCGAUGGCACACACAUUCAUAUUACCAUUUCUCAAGAAAAGGCUGCUCCUUAUAGGAAUAGAAAGGGUACAUUGGGCCAAAAAUGUCAUGCUAGCCUGCGAUUUUGACCUGAAAUUCACUUUCAUAUUAUGUGAUUGGGAAGGAUCUGCCACAGAUGCUAGGGUCCUUAGAUCUGCACUACUUGGAGGUUUUCAUGUUUCUCAUGGAAAAUUCUUUCUUAUCGAUGGUGGCUAUGCUAAUACACCAUCCUUCCUUGCACCCUAUCAUGGUGUCCAAUACCACUUGAAAGAGUUUGGUCAUGGUCACCAACGACCAAGAAACUACAAGGAGUUGUUCAAUCAUCGUCAUGCCAUAUUGCGGAAUCAUAUAGAGAGGACGAUUGGAGUUCUAAAGAAAUGCUUCCCUAUCUUAAAAGUAGGGACACUACAUCCCAUUAAGAACCAAGUGAAGAUACCAGCGGUAGCAACGGUAUUCCACAAUCUUAUCCGAAUGUACAAUGGGGAUGAUGGGUGGCUCAAUGACCAACCAGACAACAUAUCACCCGAAGAAUUUGUUGAUCUUCUCGAAGGAGACAAUGACUACAACAAUGAUGUGGUUUCACUCAGCAGUCAAAUAGAUAAUGGAAAUUCUGUUAGAGAUAUGAUUGCCAUGCAAAUGUGGGGCGAUUGUAGUCAUAACUAGUCAUGAUAUAUGGGUUUAUUUCUAUAUUUGCACUUUUUUAAAUUUAAGUUUCAGAUGCUUAUAUAAUUGUAAUAAACAAUCAGAUGUAAUUUUGUUUUCAAUGCAUUCAAUGAAAUAGUACAACCAUGUCAUUUGGAAGAGGUUCUCCAAAAUUCAACAUGAUGCAAGCUGCAUUUAUGCAAAAGAAGCUAUCGCCAAGUAGUGGUUGCCAACAUAAGAAGGGAGCUUCACCGAAAGUGGCAACCAUACGGAAGAAAAAGGUGUCAUCACAAAAAGUUAUUUGCUUUUGUUUUUGCCUUUUGCUUGAAAGUCCUUUCAUGUUUUCCAUAAGUAUUAUUUGAAUA